AUGGCAGCGCAACAACGUCGUUAUGCCACUCCAACUGAAAUACAGUUUUGUAGCGAUGAUGAUGAAGAGGAAGUGGAAGAGGAGCAAUGCACCAGAAGCUCUUCCUUGGUGGCAUCCGACGACGAGUAUGCUGAUUCUUGUUCUACAAGAAAAAGAUCCAGGUCAGCUAGUAGUGCUAAAGCUAAUAGAUCUUCCGUGGUGGCAGGGCGAGUGUGGAAUGAGAAGGAGGAAAUCACCCUCUUAGGACAUCUCAUUGCAAAAGUCCCCAGAGAAAAAAUCAACUUUUUAUUCCCCAACAAGGAAAAAGAACAAAUAAGGCGCAAAAUCAGACAUCUCAAGGAAAAAUUUCAAAAACAUAAAGACGGUGCCAAGUUCAUAAAUCUCCAUCAGGAGAAGUUGUACGAUUUAUCGAACAAAGUCUGGGGUGAGAACACUACUACUACUACUACCACUACUAGUUCUGAUAAAGAGGGUGGACAAGAGAAGGAUUCGAUGAAUGUUGAUGAUGAUGUUGUGGGUGAUGAGGAGGACACGGUGGAGAUAAAUGAUGAUGUUAUUCUUAUGGGGUUAGAUGAGUAUUUAGCAAGGCGGUCACUUCAUAAUAUCAGUGAAGAAUUACGCAGGAAAUUGGAAUCAAAGUGGAGAAGACUCGCAUACGAGAGGGCUAGAUAUGGUUUAGCCGUAUCCGAGUUUGCAAUAAAGUUGCAACACUAUAAACUAAGAUAUUACAACAACUGCUAG